AUGGCUCUAGAAAUGUGUAGAAUUUGCUUACAAACCAAUGCAAAUUCUGCUUUAAAAAAUUUAUUUGGAAAACUGAGGAAUGGCUCUGUAAUAAAAAAUAAGAUAAUGGAAAUAACAAACGUACAAAUAGACCCAACCGAUGAAUACUCAAAAAUAAUUUGCAUUAAGUGCAUAAAGAGAUUAAAAGCCUGCCUAAAUUUUAUUAAAUUAUGUCAAGAAUCAGACCUUAAACUUAGACAACUUAAAUCUUCAAAGGGAGUUAGCGAGCAGUUUAGUGAAAAUAGGGAUAAAGAAAUUGAAAAAACUAAUGAUACUAUUGAUAUUAACAAAAACACUGAUACUUCCAAUAUAAGUGAAGGUUUGAAUAUUGCUGAUCAAAGUUCCAACAAAUCAUCGCAGCAUCAAUGUUCUAUAUGUGGAAAAAUUAUGUCCUCCAGAUAUCGUCUCAAAACUCACCUUGUUACACAUACUAAAGAACGACCAUAUUCUUGUAAUCAAUGUGAAAAGAGGUUUUCACUGGCAGAAACACUUAAUGUACACAGAAGGAUACAUACGGGAGAAAAACCAUUUCAGUGUUCAUCUUGUAAUGAAGUAUUUGCACAUUCAUCUGGCUUGAUAGCUCAUAAACGUAAGCAUACUGGCCAGCUUCCAUACCAGUGUCAUCUUUGCCCUAAAAGGUUCAGAACUGCUGGACAUUUGCAAUAUCAUAUAUGUAAACACACUGGCAAAACCAACUUUAAUUGUGAUAAAUGUGGACACGGCUUUAUAACUCGUCAGGAUCUAAAGCAACACAUUUUAACGCAUGUUGGUGAUAAACCACAUGUGUGCUGUAUCUGUGGCUUAAGGCUCAGUCGUACAUCCAAUCUUAAACGACACUUGAAACUCACUCAUGGUGAAGAUUUAAAUCCAUUAAAAAGCUGA